AUGCCGACAUCGUCAAGAACAGAGCCGCCUGGAAAUCUUGACCUCGAGUGGGCUAGUCGGGAGCUCAUCCCGUUCCUAGAGCUCGUGUUUGGCGAGCAAUAUGGGCGGGAGAAGAGGCCGACAUCUCAUUGGGUCCAUAUGGUGCUCUUCGCUCGAUUCAAGCUAGACCGGAUUCCUUUCUACGAAGACUUUCCAUCCACCAUCGAACGACUGCGCUUGUGUCUCGUCAACCCGGAUAUCCUAACGCCAUCUGAGCGGACCAAGUUCACGCGCGUCAUCAAACAGGGUGAGCAGUUGUGUAUCCGCAUCUUUGUUCGACAUGCGAUCCGACAUGGAACAUACGAUCUGUACUCGCUAGGGCCAGACGCAAGCCCGGAUUUCCCACGACCAGGAAAGACUGAUGGCGAUUCCCAACCUAAGCGCAAGUUUCCCAACUCGCAGCAUGUGGCAGCGAUGGACGCCCUGCGGAACCAGCUCAACGGUACCAGCAUUAGUGAUAAGGAGGGGGAAACAGACAAGAAGAGGAACAACGCCGAACAUGGCAGUGAUCCUGGCCAUCCUAGGCACCGUCGUAACGGUCUUGGGGUGCAGUCAGGUAGACCACCACAUGCUAUUGGUGGCUACAACGUUCCUUCGGGUUAUGUUCCUAAUGCACCUCACACAGGUCGUAUUCCGUCGAGAACACCGAUGACUUGGUCGCAGUAUGAUUCAGGAUCAAUGAGUGGGUACCAUCAGCCUUACGGCCCAUACACAGGUUCGUACGGCAUGUAUGGACCCCAUAUCGCUGCGCCAAUGCAGAUGGACAUGCCGCAGUACCAGCAGCAAGUUUUUCCACACAUGCAAAACCACAAUGGCGGCGAUCCUUCCUCUUACCAAUGGACCUAUGGGGCGUGGACCGGCUACCAAAUGCCAUAUCAACUGCCUCAAGCCAACUCUUUUCCAUCGGCGACGGGCACCAACUACGCGGCCCAACCACUGCAAGCGCCGGCCCUGAACCAACAAGCAUGGCAUCCUCGAUUGCCCAGGCAGGUUUAUGGUGCUACCGCGCCGGGACAAGAACAAGAUGCAGUGCAUGGAUUAGGUGCACCUGCUCACGUGUCGCAUCCCAACAUGCACAUGCGAGAUUUCACCCAAGAACAUGCACGGAGAAUGUGA